AUGCCAUCUUUUGCAAUUAUAAAAAUUGAAGAUAUUACAAAUGACGAGACCGAGGAACAGACUGAACCUGCUCAAGAAGUACAAGAUGCUAUUACACUUCUUAAACAAUUACCACCGUUAGAAUCUAUACCCAUGCCACCAAAUACUCCGCCACCACUUAAUAAACCGGAUCCAGAAAGUGAACCAGCAUCAAGUCCAAUCGACACAGAGGAAGACAAAUCCGAACCUGACAGUCCUGCCCGCAUCGAUGUUCUACCUGAACCACCACCCGGUUUUCUAUUGCAGUCUGAAGGUCCUAAAAUUGCAGAAAAGCUGCUGAAAACCAUCCCGGGGUCGCCUGCGCCGGAUGUGGAGCCUCCGCCGCGCCAUCACCUGCCCUUCGCCUGCGCGCCGCCGCACCAGGCACAAUCUAAAGCUGAGAAUCGGCGGAACUCGAGCGGUCCGCGGGAAGCAAGCGGAGAGGCACGAGAAGGCGCCGAGGGCACAGAGGGGCGGGAGGCAAGACGCGAGGAGGGUUGGGGACGGAGGCAUGCGCUCCUCGACAACACGCCUCCCACUACGCCUACUACUCCCGACAGCAGCCUGGAUCUUUCGCCGCAUAGAGAGCGUCGUAUAUCGGAGCGCGACAGUCCCUCGGAGCGCAAGGAUGAGGACGACGACAGAGCGCAUGACAACAACCUCGAAGCCGAUAAACCGCGCGCGAGCGUCAGGUCUCGCCUCACGUCGGAGAGUUCGUCGGUGUCGCGAGCUCGCACGCGGCGAUCUCGUCGGGACACAGACGACCGGCCCGCCGCGCUCAAGUAUCACUUCUACGUGGAUCUAGAUCCAUCAUGGGACGGUCAGACUCGUAUCAAAGUAUUAAUGUCUCGGCUGACGGACUUGCGCAAAGCCUACCAUUCAGUGAAGGCUGAGUUAGCCGCCAUCGACCGACGCCGAAAGAAACUGAGGCGGAAGGAGAGAGAAGCCGUAAAAGCAGCGAAGUUAGCGUGUUCCUGAUCGCACAAGUAAUGAACGUCGUGCCGGCGCGAUAUGAUAAGUUUAUUCGUUGUAGAAUGAACAGAGCUUGUAACUGUAUUGUUACAAAUUGUAUCGUUAUCAAUACGAUCGUUGGUGACAAUAAUAAUAUCGUACACUCCAUUACAAAUACGAACACCCAUUUGACAGAUGACACUAUUAUGACGAUCCGUUUAGCCGAAUGGUUAGUGGCCCUGACUAUUAAGCUAGUAGGUGCAAUCAUUUAUAUUAUGAAUAUGAAUGUUUGUUUCCGAGUCAUGUAUGUUUAUAUGUAUUUCUAUAUGUAAAAGUAAGUUUAUUGUAUUAAAUAUGUCGUUGUCUUGUACCCAUAGUACAGGCUAUGCCUAGUUUGGGGCGAGAUAAUUUGUGUCGAAGUGUGUCAAUAUUAUUAUUAUUUUAUUUGAGUAUGUCACAGGCUAACAACUUGCGUGUAACAUCUCUAACGGAGAUAGAAAAAGUGAGUGAAACUGUUGCGACUGUAACCGAUUUUGAUUGACAAGUCGUAAACACUCAGCCACGUCGGUAUUUUGGAUAUGAAACUACUAGCGAACGCUCGCAAUUAAAUAUCAAAAGUUUUAAAGCAUUAUAGACCUGUCAGAUUAUUACUAUUUUUAAUGAGUACGUCUUCAGAUAAAUGGUAUAUAUUUAGUUAAAAUAAAACUAAAAGGUACAAAUAGGGGCAUGAAAAUUCAAAUAUAUACAUUUAAAUUAUAUAUAUUAAGGAAGUUGUUUUAUAACAAAAGAUUACAAACUCCAUAGACUUAACAUACCAUCGAAUACAUGGUAUAAUAAUGUACUCCGCCCGGUAUUCUCUUCCGGGUCACAGUUGGGUCACGUGAUUGGCCUUAGAAUACGUCAUCAGUUGCGAUGCGGUUCUCAGACUGUUUUCGCGACGCGGCAAUAUUAUUAUUAUUAUUGUUUCGCAUGAUGGCGAAUCGUUUUAGAUUUCUUCAAUGACAAGUGUAUAUUAAUAAACUCUGCUACAUAUGGCGGUCUUCGUGAAUGAACAAGGUCAUCAGAAACUAAGAAAUUUGUUACUGUUGAGAUCAUUUACCGCAAUGAACCUGUUGAUGUAUCUAAAACAAAAAAGACACACAAUAAAUACAAAAGGUUAGUUGGUUAAAAGACAAACAAAUUUUUAUAUUAUUUUGUUUAAGAAUGGACAUAGAAUAUAAACUAAAAGGGAAUUAACAAAGGAGAGUACGAAUAUGAAUUCAGUGGGUCGAGGGAUAUCAAGAGAAUGGAGAUCAUAAAAAGAAGAAGACAGUCGAGGGCAAUUAAUGUGAUGUGAUUGUAAGUUCCUUCAUCAAGUCCACACUCACAGACACGACAAUAGCGAUAAUGUAAUGGCGAGCUGUUAGUAUGACAUAUAAUAUUAUAUGUUGACGUAAUCUUAGACCAUAGUGAGAAGAGAAUACCAGGCGGAAUAUAUUAUUAUACCAUGUAUUCGAUGGUAUAUUAAGUCUAUGGAGCUUGUAAUCUUUAGUUAUAAAACAACUUCCUUAAUUUAUAGAAUUUUAAUGUAUAUUUUUGAAUUUUCAUGCCCCUAUUUGUACCUUUUAGUUUUAUUUUAAUUAAAUAUAUACCAGAAAAUUUGUUGAAGUACUUUGCGGAAAUCCAUAAUUAUACAAAUGAUUAAAGUUGUUCGUGUUUCGCCUCUAUACGAGGCAUCCUCAGGACGUGUUGUCUCGCCAUAAUCUGGCACGAGACUGUCUCGUGCAAAAAAUAGAAGAGAAAAAAAAAGGAAACUUAAAUCAUUUGGAUAAAUAUAUACCAUUUAUCUAAUGACGUACUCAUUAAAAAUAGUAAUAAUAUUAUUUUCACAUUUAAUUAAGAAUUUGGGCAUUCACAUUAAAAACACAGGCGAUUUGAUUGUUUCUCAAGCCAUUGUAUAAUAUUAUGUUUUAAGAUUGAAGUUAUUUA